AUGCAGGGUACCCCGGUUAAUAUCACUGUAGGCUCUCACGUCUGGGCUGAAGACCCGGACGUUUCUUGGAUUGAUGGUGUGGUGUCUAAGAUAAAUGGAGCUGAAGUGGAAGUAGAUGCAUCUAACGGGAAGAAGAUUGUUGCGAAAUUAGCAAACAUAUACCCUAAAGAUGAGGAUGCACCUCCUGGAGGGGUUGAUGACAUGACCAAGCUAUCAUAUUUGCAUGAGCCAGGAGUGCUGCAGAACUUGGCAGCAAGAUUCCAGCUCAAUGAAAUUUAUACUUACACUGGAAGUAUUCUUAUUGCCAUCAACCCAUUUCAAAGGCUUCCUCACCUUUACGAUGGCCACAUGAUGGACCAAUACAAGGGAGCACCAUUUGGGGAACUGAGUCCUCAUGUAUUUGCUAUUGCUGAUAUGUCUUACAGGGCAAUGAUAAACGAGAAAAAAAGCAACGCGAUUUUGGUGAGUGGUGAAAGUGGUGCUGGUAAGACAGAAACGACUAAGAUGCUUAUGCGAUACCUCGCCUAUUUGGGAGGCCGUAAAGGAACUGAAGGGCGCACAGUUGAACAACAAGUUCUUGAGUCGAAUCCGGUGCUUGAAGCAUUUGGAAAUGCAAAAACUGUCAGAAACAAUAAUUCGAGUCGCUUCGGCAAAUUUGUUGAGAUUCAGUUUGAUAAGCAAGGAAGAAUAUCAGGGGCAGCCAUUAGAACAUAUCUUCUGGAGAGAUCGCGGGUCUGCCAAAUUUCAGAUCCUGAACGCAAUUAUCAUUGUUUCUACCUUCUUUGUGCAGCGCCAAAGGAGGAUGUUGACAAAUAUAAGCUGGGACAUCCAAAAACAUUUCACUAUCUUAAUCAGUCUAGCUGUAUUGAGCUCGUUGGUGUAAGUGAUGCUCAGGAUUUCUUGGCUACAAGGAGGGCCAUGGAUAUUGUUGGAAUAAGUAAAACAGAACAGGAUGCAAUUUUUAGGGUGGUGGCAUCUAUUCUUCAUCUUGGUAAUAUUGAAUUCACCAAGGGGAAGGAUGCUGAUUCAUCACUACUGAAAGAUGAUAAAUCAAAAUUCCAUCUUCAGACUGUGGCAGAGCUUCUAAUGUGUGAUCUUGCUUCACUGCAAGAUGCAUUGCUGAAGCGUGUGAUGAUAACUCCAGAAGAAGUUAUUAAGAGAAGUCUGGAUCCUGAAGGUGCAAAAAUGAGCAGGGAUGGCUUCGCGAAGACGAUGUAUUCCCGCUUGUUUGACUGGUUGGUCGAAAAAAUUAAUAAUUCGAUUGGGCAAGAUCCAAAUUCCAAUGUUCUUAUUGGUGUUCUUGAUAUCUAUGGUUUUGAAAGUUUCAAAACUAACAGUUUUGAACAGUUUUGCAUUAAUUUUACCAAUGAAAAGCUACAGCAGCAUUUUAAUCAGCAUGUUUUCAAGAUGGAGCAGGAAGAAUACACCAAAGAAGCGAUCGAAUGGAGCUAUAUAGAAUUUGUCGACAACCAAGACGUCCUCGAUCUUAUUGAAAAGAAACCUGGAGGGAUCAUUGCUCUUCUUGAUGAGGCCUGUAUGUUUCCGAAGUCGACAUAUGAAACUUUUUCACAAAAGCUUUUCCAGACAUUUAAAUCCCACAAACGUUUCAUCAAACCAAAGCUGUCCCGUACAGAUUUUACAAUUGCUCAUUAUGCUGGAGAGGUUUUGUAUCAAUCUGAACUGUUCUUGGAUAAAAACAAAGAUUAUGUCGUUUCUGAACAUCAAGAGUUGCUCUGUGCUUCCAAAUGUCCAUUUGUAGCAGGAUUGUUUCCUCCUGUUCCUGAAGAAACAACCAAAUCUUCAAAAAAUUCAUCCAAGUUUUCAUCAAUAGGGUCUCGCUUCAAGCUGCAACUCCAACAAUUGAUGGAAACACUGAAUUCUACGGAUCCUCACUACGUUAGAUGCGUGAAGCCUAAUAAUCUACUCAAGCCUGGUAUUUUUGAGAACGUCAAUAUCAUGCAGCAGCUACGUUGUGGUGGUGUUUUAGAGGCAAUUAGAAUUAGUUGUGCUGGCUACCCUACUCGUAGGACAUUUUAUGAAUUUCUUCAUCGUUUUGGUAUUCUUGCACCGGAGGCCUUGGAAGGAAAUACUGAUGAAAAAACAGCAUGUAAAAAGAUUUUGGAGAAAAUGAAGAUGACUGGAGCUCAGACUGGAAAAACAAAGGUCUUCCUCAGAGCUGGUCAGAUGGCUGAUUUAGAUGCUCGGAGAGCACAAAUACUUGGUACUGCAGCGGCAAAAAUACAGAGAAGAAUUCGAACUUAUAUUUCCCGGAAGUACUUCAUUGUUUUGUUGAGGAUGGCAAUUUCAAUGCAAGCUAUUUGUAGAGGAAGACUUGCUUGCAGACAGUUUAGCAACUUGAAAAAGGAGGCGGCUUCUAUUAGAAUCCAGACAAGCUUGAGAGGACACUUGACCAGGAAGAACUACUCGAGACUCAAGGUGUCGGUUGUCGUAGUGCAAACAGGGGUCCGAGCAAUGGCUGCCCACCGUCAGUUUAGAAACAAGAACCAGGCUAAAGCAGCUACUAUUAUACAGGCUCGCUGGCGCUGUCAUAGAGAUCAUUCAUACUAUAAGAGACUCAUAAAGUCAUCGAUAGUAGCCCAGUGCAGAUGGAGAGGAAGGUGUUCUAGGAAAGAGCUUCGAAAAUUGAAAAUGGCUGCUAAAGAAACUGGCGCUCUUAAAGAAGCGAAGGAUAAGCUUGAAAAGGUGGUGGAAGACCUCACACUGCGUGUUCAGCUGGAAAAACGUCGGAGGACUGACAUAGAAGAGGAAAAAGUCCAAGAAAUAGCAAAGAUGCAGCAGGCCAUGGAUGCCUUGCAAAGCAAAUUGGACGAAGCAAAUGCACAUAUUGUCCAAGAACGUGAUGCAGCUCAGAAAGCAAUUGUAGAAGCCACCACUAUUGUCCAAGAAACUCAAGUUCCUGUUGAGGAUACAGCAAAGAUAGAGGCUCUUACUGCAGAAAUGGAGAAACUGAAGGAGGAGUUGCAAGCUGAAAAGGAACGAGCUGAUGCUGCUGAAAAGAAGCACGAUGAAACCCAGACUUCAAUUGAGGGAAAGAGUCAGAAGCUAGAUGAAACUGAGAAAAGAGUAUUAUUGUUUCAGGAGUCUAUGAGCAGGCUUGAAGAGAAGUUGAGUAAUGUAGAAUCAGAAAAUAAGGUUCUUCGCCAGCAAGCCCUGACUAUGGCGCAGAACAAUAAAAUGUUGUCAAGAAAUUCAAGGUCAAUUAUGCAGAGGGCUGAAAGCACAAAACAAGCGGUAGACUUCCAUAGUCCUUCAAUGAUCUUAAGGGAACAGCAAGAGGAUGACAGACCUCAAAAGUCACUAAAUGAGAAGCAACAAGAGUAUCAAGAUCUGCUUAUCCGUUGUAUCGCUCAGAAUUUGGGCUUCUCCAAAGGCAGACCGAUUGCAGCCUGCAUCAUCUACAAAUGUCUGAGGCAGUGGCAUUCAUUUGAGGUUGAGAGGACGAGCAUUUUUGAUAGGAUAAUACAAACCAUUGGCAAUGCUAUUGAGACCCAGGACAACAAUGAAAUCUUGGCGUAUUGGCUGUCCAAUGCAUCAACCUUAUUGCUACUGUUGCAACGCACACUGAAAGCUGGAGGAGGAGCUGGAGCAGCUCCACAACAUAGGCGAUCUCCUUCAUCCUCACUAUUUGGGAGAAUGACAAUGAGUUUCCGCAGCACCCCUCCAGGUGUUAAUCUGUCAUUACUCGGUGAGGAUGCAACGGGUUCCGUACGCCAAGUGGAUGCCAAAUACCCUGCAUUGUUGUUUAAACAGCAGUUAACUGCUUACGUCGAGAAGAUUUACGGAAUGAUUCGGGACAAUCUGAAGAAAGAGAUUUCUCCACAACUUGGACUUUGCAUUCAGGCUCCAAGAAUAUCCAGAGCAAACUUAAUUAAAGGAGGAGCACGUAAUCUGGCAAAUGCUGCCGCUCAGGACAUCUUGAUUGCCCAUUGGCAAGGAAUUGUGAGCAGCCUCGGGAAUUUCCUGAAUAUGCUGAAAACAAAUCACGCACCUCCAUUUUUGGUUCGGAAAGUGUUCACCCAAAUAUUCUCUUUCAUCAAUGUGCAGUUAUUCAACAGCCUUUUGCUGAGAAGAGAAUGCUGUUCAUUUAGUAAUGGCGAAUACGUCAAGGCUGGAUUGGCUGAAUUGGAGCACUGGUGUUACAAAGCAACUGAUGAGUAUUCUGGUACAGCAUGGGAUGAGCUCAAGCAUAUACGACAGGCUAUAGGAUUCCUGGUCAUACACCAGAAGCCAAAGAAGACUCUCGAUGAAAUAAGUCACGAUCUUUGUCCUGUCCUCAGUAUACAACAGCUGUACAGGAUCAGCACGAUGUACUGGGAUGACAAAUAUGGCACGCAUAGCUUAUCACCAGAUGUGGUAUCGAGCAUGAGGAUACUAAUGACUGAGGAUUCAAACAAUGCUGUUAGUAGUUCUUUCCUGCUGGAUGAUGAUUCAAGCAUUCCGUUUUCUGUGGAUGACAUGUCAAAAUCAAUGGAGACAUUUGAUAUUUCAGACAUAGAACCACCACCACUUAUUCGCGAAAACUCUGGCUUCAGCUUUUUACUUCCUCAAGCUACCUGAUCAUGUCUGACUGUGUCUUUAUCUAUUAUCCGUACUGAAACAUCCUUGUUUGGUGAUGUCGCCGGAUGGAAAAACACUCGUGCUUGGAUUAUAUGAAACUCGAACAAUAAUGUUUGCGAACUUAGUUGCUGGUCGAUGUCUAGACUCUAAGAAGAUUGUCUCAACCAGGUUGCAUAGAUAUGAAGCUUCAGCUCAAUCUUGAAAUUAUUGGCUAUCCCACUUCUUUUUCCUUAAGACAUUUGAUGAUUAUAUAUAUAUAUAUAUACUCAUAUGAUUGAUGAAACAUGGGAAUUCAUAUUGAUGUAAUAAUCCCAGGUAUUGUUUUGUAAGCAUAUCCAAUACUACUGAUUUGGCAGAAAGCAUAGUGUUUAUAUGGAUGAA